AUGACUCAACAACAAAUGGGGAUGAUGGCCGGAAAUCCGCAGCAGUACUAUGCCCAACAGCCGCAGGCACAAUGGACACAGCAACAGCAGAUGCAAUUCAUGCGACAACAGCAGAUGGUCGGAGCUGCUCCUGGACAGCGUGUAAUGGUCCAGCGAGUUCCAUACCCGCCCGGCACAGGUAUGCUUUUUAGUAUUCCAUACAGUUCAAAUUAUGAUUGUAGGAACUUCUUAAUUGUUUACCUAACAUCUCCUUUAUCUUCAUUGAUAGACAAGGCGCUUUUUUGGAGUCUUAUUAUUCUUCCAUUUUUUUGACA